AUGUCUUCGAACAGUACCCAGCCAGCGUGCUUGAUAACAAAGGACUAUGAAUACAACGUAUCGAGUCUUUCUUUCUCAGUAGUGUUAGUUUCGAAAGGUAAUGCAGUUGUUAAUGCACUCGCGUCUCCAAUAACGGUUUCUAUGAACGUUUUGAUUAUAUGGUCAGUACUGGGCAGUCGUCAGCUGCGAUCCGUUCGCUACAACACACUCCUUGCUGCUCUCGCUUUGACUGACCUCAUUGUCGGUGUUGUAGUUCAACCGCUUUUCUGCCUAAACCUCAUUUGCUGGUUGAAAGACUGCAAGAUUUCUUGCCGGCGUGACAUCAUCGGGACAUUGUUCAUACUCUGUAACUGCCUGACUUUGUGUACAAUGAUGAUGGCAUGCUUCGAAAGAUACCUUGCCAUAGAGCAUCCAAUCUUCCAUAGAACCAAGGURACCAAUACGAGAGUGAUCAUCGCAACAGCAAUAGUCUGGGUUAUCAUGCCAGCAUCUCUCCUGACGGGCAGAUACUUUGCAGACACCUCAGAGACGCUUCAAAAUGUUUCAGCUGUAGUAGUCAGCUCUGUGAUUGCAGCAGUGAUUCUAUAUUGUACAACCAAAGUACAUAUCACUGCAUUUCUUCACAGACGUAGAAGACGCGCUACCAAGGCCCAGGCCCAAAACCAAAACGCUGCAGUUCCGGCAAAUGAACAAGAAGAAGAGAAAAGAGAGAAACAAGAGUACCGAGAGGCAGUCACUAUGGGCAUAAUCAUCGCUGCAUCGAUUGUUUUCUUUAUUCCGUUGAUUAUGUAUUUUGUCGUCUUUGCUUCUGAUGCGAGUAACGACCUGAAGCAUUUCAUUUUCCCGUCAAUUGCUUUCACCAUUGUCAACCUCCAAUCCAUCGUUAACCCUGUUAUCAUGUCUCUUCGCGUCAAGCCAAUUCGUAAGGAGAUUGCAAAGAAACUGUUCUGUUUGAGCCAACGCACCAACACACCAACCCACCAACAGACCAAUCAGCCAACCAACCAAUCAACCGACAAGCCAAACAUCAAACCAACCCAACAAGACCAGCCAAACAACAAUCCGACCAACAAGCCAUCAAACUACCAACAAUCCGACCAACAAGCCAUCAAACCACCAACAAUCCGACCAACAAACCAUCAAACCAUCAACAAUCCGACCAACAAGCCAUCAAACUACCAACAAUCCGACCAACAAGCCAUCAAACCACCAACAAUCCGACCAACAAACCAUCAAACCAUCAACAAUCCGACCAACAAGCCAUCAAACUACCAACAAUCCGACCAACAAGCCAUCAAACCACCAACAAUUCGACCAACAAACCAUCAAACCACCAACAAUUCGACCAAUUAA